CUACUUCACGCGGUGCAAUAUUUAUAGGCAGCCCCGGGAGAGUCAAGCGGGCCGGGGAGGAAGAAGACAACCAGCUAGCUAGGGAAGCACACGCCCACGGCGCAAGAAUACAAACAGGCCGGUGAUCUAGGUAGCGGAAGCGGAAAGAGACAAGCACGACGACGAUGGCUCGUCGUCGUAGCUAGCUAGCUAGCCAACGAAGAAGCAGUUGGGACAAGUCCAAGAGGAGGAGGAGGGAGAAGAAGAAGCCCACGCACGCACGCGGCCGUCCAUGGCGUGUAGCUGCUGUAGCAAGAGGCCCAGACCAAUGAUUGCCAAGUUUGUCCCCUUGCUGCUGGUGCUGUUCGUCGCUUCGUGUUCAUGGUCAGCGUCGGCGGACAGGAGCAGCGGCGGCAGGGGCAACGGCACGCAGACCACGCAGUUCCGUUCCGGGGACGAGCUGCGGGCGUACCGGAGGAUCCUAGCCAGGAUGGACAGGUUGAAGAAGGCGUCCGUCAAGACGAUUCAGAGCCCCGACGGCGACGUCAUCCACUGCGUGCCGGCUCACCAGCAGCCGGCGUUCGACCACCCGAAGAUGAGAGGACAGAAGCCCGAGGUACGUGAUGCACCGGAGGAGAGGCCCAAGAUGAGCGCCGACGCCGCCGAGGAGGAACCGGUGUUCACGCAGGCGUGGAGCGACGGCGGCGAGUCGUGCCCCAGCGGGACGGUCCCGAUACGGCGGACCACGGAGCGCGACCUGCAGCGGUACUCCAGCUCCGGCUCGCUCCGGCGGUACGGGAUGAAGCCGCGCGCCAGCGUCGUGCGCCGCGACUCCACCAGCGACGGCCACGAGCACGCGGUGGGGUACGUGACCGGGGAUCAGUUCUACGGGGCGAAGGCGAGCCUGAACGUGUGGCCGGCGAAAGUGGCGUCGGCGGCGGAGUUCAGCCUCUCCCAGAUCUGGGUCAUCUCCGGCACCUUCGGCAACGACCUCAACACCAUCGAAGCCGGAUGGCAGGUGAGCCCUGAGCUGUAUGGAGACAACAGCCCACGAUUCUUCACGUACUGGACGAGCGACGCGUACCAGGCGACGGGGUGCUACAACCUGCACUGCUCGGGGUUCAUCCAGACGAACAACCGCAUCGCCAUCGGCGCCGCCAUCACGCCGGCGUCGGCCUACAACGGGCGGCAGUUCGACAUCAGCCUGCUGCUGUGGAAGGACCCGCGGCGGGGCCACUGGUGGCUGCAGCUGGGGUCGGGCCCGCUGGUGGGGUACUGGCCGUCGCGGCUCUUCACCCACCUCGGCAGCCACGCCAACAUGGUGCAGUUCGGCGGCGAGGUGGUCAACACGCGGCCGUCGGGGUCGCACACGCCCACGCAGAUGGGGAGCGGCCACUUCCCCCGGGAGGGCUUCAACCGCGCCGCCUACUUCCGCAACGUGCAGGUGGUGGACUGGGACAACAACCUCAUCCCGGCCAGGGACCUCCGGCUCGUCGCCGACCACCCGGCCUGCUACGGCAUCCAGGGCGGCUACAACCGCGCCUGGGGGAACUACUUCUACUACGGCGGGCCAGGACGGAACGUACGGUGCCCGUAGGUACCCUAGCGCAAGCCGGUGACGGAGGAGGGAGGAGGAGAUUGAUGUCGAUCGAUCAGCUUACAACACUGAUCGCUG